UAUUGAUAUUUGAUACUGAAUAACUGAACAGUGGACUAUAAUCACAGGGAGUGAAGCGAUGACCUAACAAAUCUCAGCCUAUUCUCCGUGUGCUCGGACGCGGCACGGCGGCAGUCACACGCUCGCGUUCUUCCCGCUCACAUAACUCGUUAUAAUGGUCCAGGCGGUUACACCACAGCCUGAGCUUUAUUUAAAUUAAUAAAAAAAAAAACAAAAAAAAUAGCGGGAAAAUAUUUCUGAACGCUGAAAAAGCAUGUUCCAAAUUUUUAAAACAGCCGGCUUUAAUAUUUAAAAGUUUACGUUAAGUAUUUAUUGUAUAGAUAUGGCGCGAUAUUUAAGCGAUUUUUGUGUGUUUAUAAGAAGACGUAUUUAUUUGAUAUCAUGGAUCUCAUUAAUUUUAUAUCUUUUUUACAAAUCUUUUAUAUUUUAUUUAAAUGGUCGCCAGUUCUAUUACUUGAGGCGUAUGUUAGGGUUAGGUCUCUGCGUAUCCCGAGGUACAGCGACGGUUUUGAAUCUAUGUUGCGCUUUAGUCCUGGUGCCGUUAUGUAAGAAGCUAAACCAAGUGCUGUACCGAGCCAUGUCUAAGCUGUGCCCAGGACUAUUCUUCUUCUGGCUGGAGAGAGCGAAAAGCUUCCACAUGACUGUGGCUAUUACGUUGGUGAUGUUUGCAGUCGUACAUUCCGUGUCGCAUUUCGUGAAUCUGUGGAAUUUUUCACGGAACUACGACGAGGAACGGGAGGAGAUUAAUAUGGCGAGUUAUAAGAACCAGAGCCCAUUACGGCUACUGAUGAGCGUAGCAGGCGUGACGGGUACAUCGAUGCUAAUUAUCGUGCUAAGCAUGGGAGUAACGUCCACCAGAUUUGUGAGACGUAGAGUGUAUAACGCGUUCUGGUACACCCAUCAGCUGUAUCUUCCAUUCAUGUUGUUGCUGAUGAUACACCCUUUGAGUGGUGUUUUGAAGGAAGAAGUUUUCGACGAAAACAGUGCUAUGAACACGCAUACGAAUGUUUCAUCACAAUACAAGCCAAAAUUUGCCCCAAUCAAAUCAAUGACAUGGCUAUGGAUGGCAUUACCUCUGAUCUGUUUUUUCUUGGAUUUGUUGUGGAGGAUAUUUUCGCGGAAUCUCGCAAGAGUUCGGAUAUUAAAUGUGAGUCACAUGGCUGGACGCACAAUAAGUUUGACGCUAAGCUGUCCACACGAGCAGUUCUCCUGUCGCAAAGGACAAUACAUCCUGAUGCAGUGUUUGGACGUCUCCGUGUUAGAAUGGCACCCUUUUACUGCGGUUGAGAUUCCUACACAAAGCCAAAGAUUAUUUGUUAUUUGGAUAAAAGUUAAGGGCGAUUGGACGGAGUCUUUAGAAAAAUUAAUAAACGAAAGAGGACCCAAUAACCUUACUAUUCUUAUAGAUGGUCCGUUUUCGAGUCCAAUGGAAGGAGUAUGCGCAAGCAAGGUUGCGAUAUGUAUCGCGGCGGGCGUUGGGAUCACUCCGUUUGUUUCUGUACUUAAGGACUUACUUAUAAAUCCUAGAAGCAGGCUGCCAGGAAGAAUCCAUUUGAUAUGGAUCGUAAGACAUGAAUCAGAACUAAUAUGGAUUGCGAAGUUAGCUAACGACACUAUAAUGCAAUUGAGAAACGCCAACCGACCAGAUAGACUACAUCUAGAACUUUAUGUGACUAAUACAAAUGAAAUUGAUACCAAAAAUGAAAAUAAAUAUAAUAAAGCCCGUGCCAUUACUCAUAUUGUAGUUGAUGAUAAAGGGACGCUUAGUCAUGUGAUAGAUAGAAGUGAAAGAAAUGAUAAUGAUGAAAAAACAACACUUCUAACACCACAUUUAAAAAGAAACGGCUGUGUUUUUAGUGGAAAUAAUAUUAUUAAAAGUGAUAAAUGUAUUAUAGCUCAGAAAUAUAAUAUAUCUAAGAAAUAUCCGUUGGUCGGUUGCCGAGUGAAGAGAGGCAGACCGCAUUGGGACCGAGUUUUUGGAUAUUGGAUACAUUUAUACCCAGAGGAGCAUCUAAAUCUUUAUUGCUGUGGACCAAAGAAACUAGUAAAAAUGUUAAGAAGCAAGUGUAAAUAUUAUUCCUCGAGAUUAACGAAAACCCGCUUCACGUUCAUUCACGAAGGUUUUUCAUGAAUUAUAAUAUGUUGGAUUAAUUGAUGGACUGAUUAAAUAUUAUGUAUUUCAAA